AUGGAAGGAGAAAGACACGACUCUACGACGUCGCCUAGUCGUAAAAGGAGGCAUGAGCCACCUGACGAAAGACCGGCAAGCCACGUGGUAACGACGGCGUUUAAAGAGAAGCCGUAUAGAGGAAUACGGAAGAGGAAGUGGGGGAAGUGGGUGGCUGAGAUACGUGAACCAAACAAAAGAUCACGUCUUUGGCUCGGUUCUUACACGACCGCCGUAGCCGCCGCUAGAGCUUACGACACCGCCGUGUUCUACCUCCGUGGUCCCUCUGCUCGGCUCAACUUCCCUGAUCUUCUUUUUCAAGAAGCCGAUGGACGAACAGCCGCCGCCACCGCCGACAUGCCCGCCGCUCUUAUACGGGAGAAAGCAGCCGAGGUUGGCGCUAGAGUCGACGCGCUUCUCGCUUUGGCGGAGCCGGCGGCUGACUCCUCUUCACCGCCGGUAUUAGUUGAGAAACCCGAUUUGAAUCAAAUACCCGAAUCCGGUGACAUAUAG